AUGGAGGUGUUUAUCGUUCCAACUGAAGGAGAUGAAUUCGAGAUUGAAAUCGGGUACUUCGAAUCAAUGCUUGAAAUCAAAGAAAAGAUUGAAAGGCAAAGGGCAUUGCCACUUCUGAACAAACCCUCGUUUUCAAUGGAAAAAGUUCUGGAGGACGAUCUCGACGUUCUGAAUUCUGACAUUUUUAUUGGAUCGCGCAUUCAACUCCUCGUCUCCUCAAAUACAAUCAAUAAUGUCAUGGAAAUGGAGGAACCAAGGACCCCUUUGAUACUUUCAAAUGCGUUCGGGGGCGAGGAUUAUAGAAUCGACUUAUCCGACGAUGAGGAAUUCGACAUUGACUUCGACAUGAACUCGGCCCUGAAGAUGUUCUUACAAGAAAAUGAUCAAGACAGUUUGAGCCCUGAGACGAUCUUAUUAUCAGACGAUGAGGAAUUGCAUAUUGACCACAGAAAGAGCUCGGCCCUGGAGCUGGAGAUGGUCUUACAAGAAAUUGAAUUGUACACUGAUCCCAGCAAGAGCUCGGCCCUGAAGAUGGUCUUACAAGAAUAUGAGCAAGAAUUACAUGGCAACCAUCCGAUGAAGGGGUCGACCUCAACAAGACCAUUGAUGAUGACCAGUUUGAGCCCUGGGAAGCUUUCAUUAAAUUUGAGCCCUGAGACGAUUCAUUAUCCGAAGAUGAGGAAUUGCACAUAG